AUGGACGACAUUCAACCCACCGCGCGAUGGGCUAACCGCAUGUUACGCCCUUUAACCUCCAUAUACCGACGACUCGAGAAACACCAAGAAACACUAGCGAUUAUCGCAGCUGAGUCAAAGAUCGAGGAGGAUAAAGAAGAUUACAAUGAAUAUGGACCGCGAAGUACUGAGCCUGUGAGCACCCUAGACGCCAUCUCUGGCUCAGACGCAGACGAGGAUGAUCCAAUUUGGGUCCCGGGAAAGAAGCCUGAGCAGCGACGCAACAAGUAUAACUAUUCAGGCCGAGGACAAGGAACAGAUGCAAGGAAACGCACGAGGCUAUCAAUCCACAGCCCGGAAGUCCCUCGCACGCUACCAGGUGCAAUUGAGCUCGCAACACCUCUGAUCACGGGCAAGCGAUGGGAGAUUCCGUCAAGCGCGCAAUCCCAAUUCUCGGUUGAACGGCAGAAUAAUAUUCAUCAGAAAGGCCAGCAGCAAGCAUUUCGCGACCGAUAUUCGCUGCACAAGAGCCCGUGGCAGACGCUUCUCGACCAGUCGGGCGACUCGGGGUUUGCUGACAUAGCUCAUAAUCUUGACCGAAUCUUCCAAAAUUUCCUUUGCAACACACGGAUCAUUACACGUGGGACGAACGGCACAUUGGCUAAGCCCGAGCGCGGCGCGCGUUCCUUGCUCUCUAUGGUAGCGCGCAGCUUGCCGUAUUUUAUUGCACGAGAGCAGGACGCACAGAACGAUGGGGAGCAGGAAGGCGAAGAAGAUAUGUGUGAUGCAUACUUCACGGAACUGGAGUCAUACUACGCACCCCAUGGCAGAGGCUGGAAGCCUCUUCGCGAGGCGGUUCGUGCCCAGGGCAUCCACAUGGUGUCUACCAUGAUUCAGAACAAAUGGGUGCCUGAUUCGAUCGCAUGUGCACUGGUUGAAAAAUGCGGCCCCCAUGAGCUAGACGCGUGUGAAUCACUCCUCUCGACGUUGCUCUCUACACGCACGGCGUAUUACUACCCACAGACCCUCAAAGCCAACACAGAGUGGCGUACUGGAGAUCCCAUUCUACAACUACGAAAAUACACCCGAUAUGGAACGACGAGUCGGUCUUAUGUCUUUGACGAGCUUACCAAGCUGCUGAUGCGUGGUGUGCUACCUCCAGAAUGGAUGGCGACCAAGCACUGGAACAGUUGGAUGACACGAGCCACGAUAUCAUUUUCCAAAGGCGAUGGGGAAUGUGCGGCGGCUUCGCGCUUGAUUGAGGCUGUGCUUGUUUCUGCCAGUGAUACCUGUCCGGCCCCCGAGGCUCUAGAUCCCAAGAGGAGACUUCCGACCAAGCUCCGAGCCAGCUGCGGAAGGGCAACCAGGGGUUCUUUCGGUGGCAAGACCGAUGUACUGGACACCACACGACCGUGUCCUGUGCUGAUUGAAGACGCAUUGAGCAAUCAUAUCACGAGUCUUUUGGCAGCUUUAUGUGGCAUGCAUAUCUCACGAUCCCGCGACAUUGAGGAUGUAGAAUCCUUCGAUGGAACAAAAGCGGGUCACAUCAUCAAGUAUCUUUAUUUUACCCUAGAAAAAGAUAUGGCGGCACGGUCGAUGUCUCAUAUUAUCAACCUCACAUCGCAUCAAUUGUUUAGACGUGGUUGCAUCUUAUUGGCAAAUUGCCUAUUGCAAUGUAACGACGCAGCUUUGACGGGUGACAGACCUUGUGUGAUGGUUUCAAACCCCAGACUUGAGAAGCACUGUGACUUAUUGGCAUCGCGUGCCGGCUUGGUGAAGGAACUGGCACUUUUCGUGCGACAAGCCUUCCGAUGCUUUGGAAGUGCUACGGACAAUGAGCGCUUAUACACUGCCCAAGAGAUUCGCCGUAUCAUCUCACAGUUCCCUCGCUUGGCCCAAGCCUCGAGUCUGUCGGUCUUACUUAGUAAAGUCGCCGUUGAGUCUGCCAUGGGAUUUGCAGAGGGCACAGGGGAACCAGAUGACCAUGUAUGGGCAGUCGAGAUUCAAGAGACAGUCAUUGCGCUGCAGAACGGAAGAGAGUCAAGUCCAGAGUUUACGAAUGAAAUGGACGAGCAGGGGCCGCGCAGAGGAUACCGAUGGGAAGAAAGCAUUGGGGAAUGGGUCGCUCGUACACCGGCAGCUAAAUCGAACCCAGUGCCUAGCGUGAUUGUCAGAAGACGUACCUCCGCUGCACUACCCAUGCUGUGCAUCCCUUGCUCAACGGACAGCAGCUCUCCCGAGUCAGAUCAAUUUGAAGGGAACGCCUCGAGUUUGACCUCAUCGCCACCCUCCGUCGGAACGAAACGAAACUUCGCGGAAAUUGACUCGUCGCCCCUUCGUCCGGUUAGAAGUCGGCAGACUGCGCGGAAUUUUGUGAUCGCCCAUUCAGAAGAGAGAAGCUGUGGAGCCAGAUCGUCUAACCCUGAUAUUGAUGUCAGAUCUCCUUCGUUAGAACUGGCGCCCCCUCGGCGUCGCAUUCUACGCGAUGUCUCAAAUCAGAAGAACAUCGCUCGAGCAAUUCCCACGAGUUUGAAGCGUCCAUCCGCUGUCGAAGUGGUCAUUGUGAAUAGACCACAGGGAAGCACGAGCGAACCCCCCUCGCAAUCUUCACCAGAGCUUCACAAGAAACAGGUCCAUCAUCCAGUCGAGCGACGAAGGUCCGGGCGAUCUCGUAUUUCAAAUAUGCCAGCUGUCGCCGUGCAGCCUGUCACUCAACGAAGGUCCAUUAUUCCCUGCUCAGAAGAUGACAGUGACGACGAGCUCAGCUUCAUAUAG